UAGAUUAAUGUGACUGUGUCAGGUGGAUUGACAGCCGUCUCACGGGCCCCUUUGUCAGGGGGUGCUGAGAGUGGGAGGCAUGGAGGAGAGGAAGAAUGAGACAACGAAUCAAGCUCAUGUCCUCUUUGACCGGUUUGUGCAGGCCACCACCUGCAAGGGAACCCUCAAGGCCUUCCAAGAGCUCUGUGACCACCUGGAACUGAAGCCUAAGGACUACCGCUCCUUUUAUCACAAGCUCAAGUCCAAGCUUAACUACUGGAAAGCCAAAGCCCUCUGGGCAAAGUUGGACAAACGGGGCAGCCACAAAGACUACAAAAAGGGGAAAGCAUGCACUAACACCAAGUGUCUCAUCAUUGGAGCUGGCCCCUGUGGUCUCCGCACAGCCAUUGACUUAUCCUUGUUGGGAGCUAAGGUGGUCGUUAUUGAGAAACGAGAUGCCUUCUCCCGCAACAAUGUCUUGCAUCUCUGGCCAUUCACCAUACAUGAUCUGCGAAGUCUGGGUGCCAAGAAGUUCUAUGGCAAGUUCUGUGCUGGAGCCAUCGACCAUAUCAGUAUCCGUCAGCUUCAACUAAUACUUUUGAAAGUAGCCUUGAUCCUAGGCAUUGAAAUCCAUGUCAAUGUGGAAUUCCAAGGACUUGUACAGCCUCCUGAGGACCAAGAAAAUGAACGGAUAGGUUGGCGGGCACUGGUGCACCCCAAAACUCAUCCUGUAUCAGAAUACGAAUUUGAAGUGAUCAUCGGAGGGGAUGGCCGUAGGAACACCUUGGAAGGAUUUCGUCGGAAAGAAUUUCGUGGCAAACUGGCCAUUGCCAUUACAGCAAAUUUUAUUAACAGAAAUACAACAGCAGAAGCCAAAGUGGAAGAGAUCAGUGGUGUGGCUUUUAUUUUCAACCAAAAAUUUUUCCAGGAACUGAGGGAAGCCACAGGUAUCGAUUUGGAGAACAUCGUCUACUACAAAGAUGACACGCACUAUUUUGUUAUGACAGCCAAAAAGCAGAGUUUACUGGACAAAGGGGUGAUACUGCAUGACUACGCCGACACAGAGCUCUUGCUUUCCCGGGAGAAUGUCGACCAAGAGGCUCUGCUGAGCUAUGCCAGGGAGGCAGCGGACUUCUCCACCCAGCAGCAGCUGCCGUCUCUGGAUUUUGCCAUCAAUCACUAUGGGCAGCCCGACGUGGCCAUGUUUGACUUCACUUGUAUGUACGCCUCCGAGAACGCUGCCUUGGUGCGCGAGCAGAAUGGACACCAAUUAUUAGUGGCUCUGGUUGGGGACAGCCUCCUAGAGCCUUUUUGGCCAAUGGGAACAGGAAUAGCUCGGGGCUUUCUAGCUGCUAUGGACUCUGCCUGGAUGGUACGAAGUUGGUCUCUAGGAACAAGCCCCUUGGAAGUCCUAGCAGAGAGGGAAAGCGUUUAUAGGCUGCUGCCCCAGACCACCCCUGAGAAUGUGAGUAAAAACUUCAGCCAAUACAGCAUAGACCCUGUCACCAGAUAUCCCAAUAUUAAUGUCAACUUUCUCCGGCCAAGCCAGGUACGCCAUUUGUAUGAUACCGGAGAAACAAAAGUUAUUCAUCUGGAAAUGGAGAACCUGGUGAAUUCCCGAACUACCCCGAAGUUGACUCGCAAUGAGUCCGUAGCUCGUUCAAGCAAACUGCUGGGUUGGUGCCAAAGGCAGACAGAUGGCUACCCAGGGGUAAAUGUGACAGAUCUCACCAUGUCUUGGAAAAGUGGCCUGGCCCUGUGUGCGAUUAUCCAUAGAUACCGCCCCGAUCUGAUAGAUUUUGAUUCUUUGGAUGAGCAAAAUGUGGAGAAGAAUAACCAACUGGCCUUUGAUAUUGCUGAGAAGGAACUGGGCAUUUCUCCCAUCAUGACAGGCAAAGAAAUGGCCUCGGUGGGAGAGCCCGACAAGCUGUCCAUGGUGAUGUACCUGACUCAGUUCUAUGAGAUGUUCAAGGACUCGCUCCCCUCCAGUGACGCCUUGGCCCUGAAUGCUGAGGAGAAAGCAGUCCUGAUAGCCAGCACCAAGUCCCCCAUCUCCUUCCUAAGCAAACUUGGGCAGACCAUCUCUCGGAAGCGUUCUCCCAAGGAUAAAAAGGAAAAGGACUUGGAUGGUGCUGGAAAGAGAAGAAAGACCAGUCAAUCGGAAGAGGAGGAAGCACCCGGGGGUCACCGAGGAGGAAGGCCCACCCUGGUGAGCACUCUGACAGACAGGAGGAUGGACGUGGCCCUUGGCAACCAGAACAAAGUGAAGUACAUGGCAACCCAGCUGCUGGCCAAAUUUGAAGAGAAUGCACCCCCACAAUCCACUGGCGUGAGGAGACAGCCGACACAAGAGCGUGGGGUCAGCCAGCCGUCCUGCUGCCUACCUGAGCAGGGUCGCUCUGCUCCCACCCCCCAGUGGAAACAGCGACGGGAAAAGGAGCGUUCUCGGACGUGCCCCAAAAAAGUGAUCGCACUUUCUCCUCCCCCUACUCCACUUCCCUAUCAGGCGCGGUGCGGCCAGCAGACGUACAGGGAUCUUGAUGCUGACAGCGGUGGCAAGCAGAGUCCCCACCAUGAGAGGCCAGAGCCUGAACCUUCUCGUCGAUUUUUUGUCGACCAGUGGGAGCUUUCUCUUAGUCUCCGCUCCUCCAACCGCCCUGCCUCUCCCUCCUCUGACUCCCUCCGACAGAAGUAUAUAAAGAUGUACACGGGCGGAGUGAGCUCAUUGGCUGAGCAGAUAGCCAAUCAGCUUCAAAGGAAAGAACAGCCCAAAACCCUUCUAGACAAGAAGGACCUGGGCUCUAUAAAGAAGGAGUUCCCACAGAACUUGGGAGGCAGCGACACGUGCUAUUUUUGCCAGAAGCGGGUCUACGUGAUGGAGAGGCUGAGCGCCGAAGGCAAGUUCUUCCAUCGGAGCUGCUUCAAGUGUGAGCACUGCGCCGCCACCCUGCGCCUCUCGGCCUACGCCUACGACAUCGAGGAUGGUAAAUUCUACUGCAAGCCGCACUACUGUUACCGACUGUCUGGCUCCGCCCAGAGGAAGAGACCAGCAGUGGCUCCUCUGUCUGGAAAGGAGGCCAGAGGACCCCUGCAGGAUGGCCCCACUGCAGAUGCAAGUGGACGGGCCAGCACCGGUGCCAGCCCUGCUGAGAGAACUCCAGAUUCAAGAGUGAAUGGCCUAGAGGAGCCCAGCAUUGCCAAGAGGCUGAGGGGCACUCCUGAAAGGAUUGAGUUGGAAAACUACCGCCUGUCUGUGAAACAGGCAGAGGAGCUGGAGGAGGUACCUGAGGAGACACAGGCUGAGCACAACCUGAGCAGUGUGCUGGACAAGGGCACAGAGGAGGACGUGGCCAGCAGCAGUUCUGAGUCUGAGAUGGAGGAGGAGGAGGAGGAGCCUCCGCUGCCCACCUCGGACCUGGGCGGCGUUCCUUGGAAGGAGGCUGUGAGGAUCCAUGCUCUUCUGAAAGGGAAGAGUGAAGAGGAACUAGAGGCCUUGAAGAGCUAUGAGCCUGGGAAUGAAGAGGAGGAGGAGGAGUCUGAAGAGGAGGAGGAGGAAGAAUAUGAGGAGGAGGAGGAAGAGUCUAGUGAAGAAGGGGAGUAUUGCCCCUUGGACAGAGAACUCCUGCAAGGCCAGUGGCUCCGGCAUCUGUCAGAAGAAGAAGAUACGGGUACAUGUAAAGCUGGGAGCCGCAGGCUACAGCAGAUCAUGAAUCCAGCCGAUCCCUUGGAGAUCCAGGCUGACGUGCACUGGACACACAUUCGUGAGAAAGGGGAGGAGGAGCAAGUGGCACCGACCUCGGAAUCCUCUGCCUCUAGAGUGCCUGACCUUCCCUCCAUACGCCGCGCAGCAGUGCAGGCCUGGCUGGAGACGGUCUCUGGAGUCCCAUUUGAUGAGAAUGACCUGGAGGAAGAUGUGGACUCGGAGGCGGCAGAGAUAGAAGGGGAGGCAGCGGAGAAUGGGGACACGGGGGACACUGGUGCUGAGCUGGAUGAUGAUCAGCACUGGUCUGAUGACGUCCCAUCAGACGCCGAAACGGAGCUGCGUCUGCAGCACCGGGCAGCGGUGGUUGCCGAGCUGGAGCUGAGGGUGUCCGAAAAUGAGGAGGAGCCACCACCGGCCUCACCAAGGUGCCAAGAGAGAGGUCCCUCCCAACUCUCCAGCCCCACUCGGUCCCCUGAGGAACAGCCUGUUCUCUCCUCCCCAGUGCACAGCCCCAAGGCAGAGGGGGCCCAAAGCCCACUUGCCUCUGUGGCUGCCACAGGGAGAUCACCCCAGGAGCUCCUUUUCCCUGAGCCUUUACUUCCCAGAGCAGAGCCCAGAGCAGAAGCGCCCGCUGAUCAGAAAGCAGUGCCCUCUCCCAUCCGAUCGCAGCCGGUGGCUCUGCCAGAAGCCAGGACGCCUGCCUCCCCAGUUAGUUCGCAGUGCCUGUCGCUGUUGGCCGCCUCCACCCCCCCAACCCAGCUCCCCAUUUGCUCCCAGCCUCAGCCUUCCUCUGAGGCCACCAUCCCAUCCCCCACCAAGUCCCCCAUAUGCUUCCAGCCUGUUCCAGCCAAAACAUCCACCCCCUUGACCCCCCUCCCCGUGAAGAAUCAAGGGGAUGCCAAGGACAGGCUGGGUAGCCUUCUUGCUGUGGACGAGGCCCUGAAGCGGAAUGACCUGGUGGCAGAGUUCUGGAUGAAGAGCGCCGAAAUCCGCCGCAGCCUUGGGCUCACGCCCGUGGAUCGGAGCAAAGGGCCCGAGCCCAGCUACCCUUCACCUGCCUUUAAGCCAGUGUCCCUAAAAUCCUAUUCAGUUGAGAAGUCCCCUCAGGGUGAGGGGCUCCAUCUUCUGAAACCUCCACCUGUUCCUAAGAGGCUGGGCCUGCCAAAGUCAGAUGGUGACCAGCCCUCCCUGCCAACCCCCAAGUCCCCAUCUGACAGAGAGCUGAAGAGCUCCCACGAGGAACGGAGAGACCUGUCCAGCAGCUCCGGGCUGGGCCUUCAAGGAAGCUCCUCCAACAUGAAGACUCUGGGCAGCCAGAGCUUCAACACCUCAGACUCUACCAUGCUCACUCCACCUUCCAGCCCACCCCCGCCCCCGCCCCCGGACGAGGAGCCCGCAACUCUUCAAAGGAAGCUGCAUCAGAUGUAUGAGUGUAAGGAAGCCGAGCCCAAGGCCUUGGUGAUGCCACUCCCCCCACCUGCUACCUUUAUGCGUCCCCCCAGAGAGCCUGCCCAGCCCCCCCGGGAGGAGUUGAGGAAGUCAUUUGUGGAGAGUGUGGAGGAGAUCCCCUUUGCCGAUGACGUGGAGGACACGUAUGAUGACAAGACUGAAGACUCGAGUCUGCAGGAGAAGUUCUUUACACCCCCCUCCUGCUGGUCUCACUCUGAGAAGCCCCUCCACCCACCCCUAGCCAAAGAGAAUGGCAGGUUGCCUACUCAGGGGAAUGGGGUCCAACCACAGAAGAGGGGGCUGCCCUUGGUCUCUCCAGAAGCCAAGGAGCUGGCUGAGGAGCGCAUGCGAGCCAGGGAGAAGUCUGUCAAGAGCCAGGCAUUGAGAGAUGCCAUGGCCAAGCAGCUGAGUAGGAUGAAGGAGAUGGAGAUGGCGGCUGGGACCUCCAGGCCCCCAGGAGGCACUGCCCGCAAAGCCUCCACAGCGCUCUCCAAGGACAGAGAAGUCGGCCCUCAGUCUCCUAAGCGCCCGGUGCUCAGAGGCCCCGAGGAGCCCACCCUGAAGCGCGAAGCCACUAGCAAGGAGGUUCUCUCCCCUCCUUCGGACUCAGGAGGCCCAGAUGGCUCAGUCACGUCAUCUGAGGGCUCCAGUGGGAAGAGCAAGAAGAGAUCGUCACUCUUCUCCCCCCGCAGAAACAAGAAAGAGAAGAAGUCCCAAGGGGAGGGCCGGCCCCCAGAGAGGCCCAGCCCAAGCCUCCUGGAAGAAGCAGCUGCCAAGCCCAAGUCCUUGUGGAAGUCGGUCUUCUCUGGGUACAAGAAGGGCAAGAAGAAGAAGGGCGAGGACAGGUCCUGCUCCAGCACUCCUUCCAGCAGGACCACUGUGGACUCGGGCAAGCACAGGAUGUCUCCCGUCAUGAGGGCAGGGCUGCAGCUCGGGCGCCAGCUGAGUUUCUCGGAGGACUCUGACCUCUCCAGUGACGACAUCCUGGAGAGGUCCUCCCAGAAGUCCAGGCGAGAGUCGAUUUCUGUGCCACACGCCUUGGCAUUCAGGAGAUCACAUGCAUCAAAGCCAAGAACCUACACAGAGGAGGAACUGAACGCCAAGCUGACCCGGCGUGUGCAGAAGGCGGCUCGAAGACAGGCCAAGCAAGAGGAGCUGAAGCGGCUGCACCGAGCCCAGAUCAUCCAGCGGCAGCUGGAACAAGUGGAGGAGAAGCAAAGGCAGCUGGAGGAAAGAGGGGUCGCUGUGGAGAAGGCACUCCGCGGUGAGGCAGUUGAGCCCAGUGGCGGAACUCCGCGGCGUAGACCUCUCUCCUUCUGCCCUUGCUGUGUCCAGGAAGGAAUGGGCAAGAAGGAUGACCCCAAGCUGAUGCAGGAGUGGUUCAAGCUGGUGCAAGAGAAAAAUGCCAUGGUGCGCUACGAGUCGGAGCUGAUGAUUUUUGCCCGGGAGCUGGAACUGGAAGACCGGCAGAGCCGCCUGCAGCAGGAGCUCCGGGAGCGGAUGGCAGUGGAAGAUCACCUGAAGACCGAGGAGGAGUUGUCAGAGGAGAAGAAGAUCCUGAAUGAGAUGCUGGAUGUGGUGGAGCAGAGAGAUGCCCUCGUGGCCCUGCUAGAGGAGCAGCGGCUCCGGGAAAAAGAGGAGGACAAGGACCUGGAGGCCGUCAUGCUGUCAAAGGGCUUCAGCCUGAACUGGUCCUGAGUUCCUGCCCACACUCUGGCCGGCUGGUCUGCGGCGUCUGCCUGACCUGGGCUGGGUUCUCCUAAAGCACCCAGAUCCAAGAGUUGAGAAGGCCUGGCACCUCCAGGAGUUUGCACUCAAAUGUCCGUGUGCCUCUUGAAAAUCAAGUCAAGCGUCUGUGCUGUUGGGGACCCCAGGUGAGGAUGAUUACCUGAGGGGGCUCAGCCUCCUUGGAAGAGGCCCACCCUGACUUCCUGCUCCAGAGAGACAGAACCUGGAGCGUUUGAUGUAUGAUGUGGGAAAAGGAAACACCUGCACGCUCCCUGAGGACGCGCGGAGGCUGGUGCCCCUUCUUCCACAGGCACGUUUGAUAAGAGAAGGAGGCGGCUCCCUCUGUCAGAACCACAGCCAAGAGUGCAUCUCCAUGAAGCGGAUGGGCAGCUGUCUUCCUCAUGCUCCCUGAAGCACCACCAAAGAUACGAAGACACCCCAGGAAAGCAAGAUGUGAACCAAGACUGGGAGGAGGAAUAGCCAGUCAGGGCAAUACCCACCCCAGCAUCACAGGGGAAGCCGAGGGUGGGCCGGCUCCAAAAUUAAUUAUGCAAGUAAGGAGGACCCCGGAGGGGUCUGCUCCCAGCCCCCAAACCACACACUGGACCCCAAGUGGCCAAAUGCCCAGGCCUCUCGGGCUGUGGCCUGAGGCCUGUGGAUUGCUGCCUUUUGCUUUAGCUCACAACCAUUUGACACUGGAAAAUGCUGACUUGGGGAAAAGGAGUGAGGCCUGCAUUUCAAGCCCCCAGUUGACAGGCAUUGCCACUGUUCUGCGCUUCACCUUGGGGCAGGAGAUGAUCUUUUCCUUGCGUUUUUCCUGUGUUUGCAC